AUGGAACCCCACAAGCCUUGGCUGGCCGAUUUCAUCAAGUCCAGUCUCGAUGCGUGGUUCGGUGAACUUGAAGGAUGCCGCACUACCGACUAUCAGUUUCACAAGAUUGACGACAAACUGAAAGCAAGCUAUAGGGCGACAUGUUCCAGAACCGUGUACCUGCUGAAGCUGCCGAAACUUGGUACGAUAGAACCCUGCGGGGAGAUCUCUGACGGAACCCACAAGAUUGAAGCCAUCUUCACCAAGGGCACCGCAGUCGAAAUAAAACGGUCCGAUGCUCAGCAAGGGACACUCCUACACCUUACCAAUCCUGUCCUUCGCGUUACUCCUCAUGUCAACCCACCGAAACCCUUGCUCGAGAUUGCGGCCUACAGGAUUGUGAAUGAGACGGCCCAGCUGGAACAAGACCAUUCUUCUGGCUGCGCUGUCACUGAAGACAAAGAUGUACGCGAAAGGAUAUCCAAGUAUUGGGCCGUGAAGGAGCAGAAUCGUGCUCCGUUGACUCCCGCCUCAAGCGGCAGUCCCGACUCCUUCAAAUCACAGGUUGAUUUCAAUACCCAGGUAGACCAUGUGGAUAGAAAGCCUGGUGGUGAUCCUGAUGAAGAUGUCUCUCAUCAGUCAUUCUGUACACAGGCUCCCAACGGUUUCACUUACUGGAACACAACCACACAGAUAGAGUCGACCUCUAGCAACGGAAAUGGGCCUGCCACUAGGUGCGACGAGAAUCAAUCAGUGCCACCACCCCUGAGUAGACAAGGCUCAAUCGGCUCUUUAUAUGGUAGCCCUUCGAAACAAGCACAACGGUCUGCGCCAGGGGGGGAUCGCACCUUCGCUAGGGGUAGAAGCAUUACACCCCCUCACGAGUCUCUAUUGGCUCUACCAACGACAGAUGGCCCAGCAACAGGACUCGCAACCAGAGCUCUGUCACGGUCAACAAAUCCUAAUUCGCCAGGACUUCAAGUUACUCCGGUUCUCGCAACAAACCAUGACAAGAGCAGUCCUGUGGAGAUGUCUGAGCUAGGAGGCAACAUUCCUGGAUCUUCAAGACAGUCGGCAGAUCAAAACCAUGGAGAGAUACCUAAGCUAUCCACCAAAUCGAGUCCGGUAAGGCCGAAUGUUAUCUCAUCGGCUGAACAGCCUCUGGGCCACUUUAAUCGGUGGCAAAAAGAGGCACAAGCAGGCAGAUAUGUUCCCAGGCGCAUCCAACAGAUCCCGCGUCAGCAGGCACAGCUAUUGGCGUCCCUUUUGGAGUCUGGGGACUGUUGGCAACCGCCACUCGUGGGUCGCCCCCAGAGGCCAGGAGGGGUGCCUCUAGACCUCCUGGUACAACUCUCGGACGCUGCUGACAAUCGAGCGAGUGAUCUCGGCUCAUCUCUGGAGAUUGCAGCACCUGAUAUCUCAACGCAAGGUGUUUCGCCAGCGCAAGACUCAGGAGACGAGGAGUUGAAAUCAGGGGCCCCCAGUGAAGGAAAUGUGAGCGACUCUGAGGAGUUUGCCGAUUGGUCUCAGAGCCCACCAACUCAACUGCGGCGAGUCACUAGAUUACCGCCGAAUAGUCCGCCACUGGAUCUCACGCGACAGAAACAGCGUCCCCAUCUUGCUGGGAAUCCAAACGAGGGGAGCCCAUUGUGCAGUGGUCAAGAACCGUUGUCCAACAACCCUGCCGACCGGGAGCAAGGGCGCGAGGCUCAAUCAUUGUCCCGUGAACAUAGUCCCGGUCCUUUGGAAGCGAGUUCGCAUCAGAGUGUCAGUUCAAGACCAUCGCCUGCGGAGGUUCCACAAUCAGCGCAGUUACCGCAAGCUGACCCGAGUGAUAAGAGCUCGUCCCAAGAAGGGGUGCCUCCCAAGGUUGUUGGGAUACGAGGCAGCUCAAAGUCUGACGGGAUUCAAGUUGCGCGGACGCCCUACGGCGGGAAAGGACCCUAUUUUUCCCGUCUCGUGGGUGCCCAAAACGCUUUGACUAUUCAAAAGAAAAAGAUCAGUGAUGGAUAUCCAGCUUCGACCUUUGUCCCUGGGACCUACGACGAGCCAAGCUCAGGGGAGAUUGCUGCAGUGGCAGUGAUGGAACCAGGUAUCGAGGCUCUGCCCGCAGAUGAGGGCUCAAAUCCGACCGCGGGAUCGGCCCACAAUAGCCUCACUGCAGCACACUUUGCACCACAGGUGUUUCAAGCGACGGGGAUCGACCACACUCAUUCGGGCAAGACCCCGAUCCCUGCCCGCAACGUCAGUGCGGGAGAUGCUCUUUCUGUGAGCACUAGCUCUCAAGGAGUGGUCCACAGUCGUCUUGUAUCUGUACGAGGACAAGACCGUGCGGCAGAGAAUGGUUUCCAGCCUUCAAUCAGUUCUGACAACGACGGAAACCCUCCAUCACCGGCUGUGUCUGCAAGCCGUGAACCAAUUUCUUCUGUAUCGGCAAAACGAAAGCGCACAGACUCGAAAGGCCGCAAUGCUCCCGUCAAAAAGCUACGGCAAGAGCAAGAAACCGCUGACAGCGAUCUCAAAAAUGAAGAGAUCGUUGAGAAGGCAUCCGAAGAUCAUAGACAGCGACGAGGUCAGAUUGACAGGCUCGAGAACUCUCUGCGACGUCCUGCUUCAGAGCCGAGGAUGACUGUGGGCCGCGACAGUGAGACUUUGGCGUCUGAGCAAGCGAAGCAACACCAUCCGGUAACCUUGCGAUCGACUGGCGAGCCUCAGUUGUUGACAAGUCGAUCUCCUCGGUCGUCACGAAUUGAUACAGACAGCCCCACGAGCCUUGUGGGACCAGCACCGGGGCACAGACGACAGGAUCAACCGCUAGACUCUACGACCCUCGCAUUGCGGCGGACGUCGACUCCCAUCACCGGUCAAUCUGCGUAUGGUGGAGUUGACGAGGAGAACAAGUCAACUGGGGCUGAUAGUCUUUUCGUCAGAUAUCGCACGGCGUACCCCGACUAUGCCGGGAGCGUGGAUGAUUUUCUCAACUCAUUCUGUUUUGUCAAGGAGAUCUGGGUCCGCAUGCCGUGGCCCAAGGCGAUUCAUCAGUCGCAUCUCGAUGAUGCAGUCUUUCACCAUUUCCACAGCUAUCAGCCGUAUACAAGGACCGCAGGUACGGCAGCUGUAGGUUUUGUUGAAUUUUUCCACGGUAUUGAAGACCCCAGCCAUCAUCAAAGGAUCAUUAGACCUUGGAUGCUGGAAAAGGUGCCAGGACGAGGAGGGACCCCGAGGAGAUCGAUUGUGGGUGAGCCCUCAAUACAUGAACGAGGGCAGUUUUUCCCCACGGCGCCGGUCCUGUCAGCCAAGACAGCAAACCUAUUGGUCAUGAACGAGUUGACUGCAGUGCAACAAGGGCAGUUUCAACAUGUAGCCCGAGGCGAGGAAGAGGCUGUUGGGAGUUGCAUGGAUUCGAUCGAAAGAUGGCGUGAAGAUGCAGCUCGUACAGCAUCGCCUGAACUAGGAACACCAGAUGUCGACAGGAGUCUUUCACGACGGACAACACCAAACCAAGAAUUUCUAGACCCUGCGACCAUUGCCUCGAUACCUGCUGUCUCGGCUAAACCACAGGAGUAUCGUGAAGUAUCGACGGGUCUGUUCGUCAAGCCACCGAAGCGCGUCAUAGAAGUCACAGCAGGUUCCGUGAAAGCCGUCUCCCGCAAGAGCUCGUCGGUGCGGACGAAGAAGCGAACGUCGAUGCGGGAUUUUUGGAGAGGGACAGGCACGGCCUUCACGCAAUUUGAACAGCAGUACGCGAGGUCGACUACGAAGAAGACAGUCAGGGCUUUCAGCGAGACGCUAGGUACUUCGUCUGGGGGAGGAAAGAGAUCAAGAUAG